AUGGAGAUGGUGUGGGACCUCUGCCGCGUCAACUUUACGUCGCCUGAUGCCAGCGACCGCGAGCUGGGUACUAUGACGGACGCGGCGUCGAUGCGCUGCCUCUCUUGCUCGUGGGCUGUCGGUCACUCGGUGUUGGUCGCUCUCUGGGUCGCCUACCUCGGCGUCUAUCACGACUUUGACAUUCUCCUCUUGCGCGCUGUCCCACAAGUCCGUAGCAACGAACCAGACGAGUAUGUACGUCAAGACGCGGUAGUCUGGGUGCGUGGCGACACCGUGACCAGCUGUCCGGGCAUUGCACGAAGCAACCUCGCCACGCGCAUGGAGGCAGCUGCGUCGACGAGCCGCUCGCAGCACAAGUCGCUUUUGUUUGUUGCGGACGGGUACGCGCCGUCCGAGAUGAUCACACCCGGGUCAUUGCUUGGUGCGCUCACAGCGUGCCACGUCAUUGCGUCAUCAGCCAGUGGGCACGACACCACGGAGCGCGUGUCGGUGGCGCUGCCCGCGUGGUCGAAAGGCGAUUUGGCUCACGUGCAGAACGAGACGAUCGCGUCGGCGGACGAGCGGUAUGCGAUGGUGGGCGGCUGCGUUCGUCAGUUUCUCGAGCGCCCGCUUCUGACGUGGCGAGACGCACCGGACAGCGUCGCGUCGACGGAGCAGGUGUACAUUCACGACACGCACGACUAUGUGCACUAUGUGCUGGCGGCCCAUCGGUGCGCCGUCGUCGAUGUCAAGCGUGCGCUGCGGCGUCUGACGACGUCGCUGUCAACGGCGUACUUGACCGAAAUGCUCGAAUGGACAGCGACAUCGUCCAACGAAUCGCUGUACGAACUGCUCUUUGACGCGACGAUCCGCAAGCGCGCAGUUGACGGCGCGCUCCAGCUGUCGACGGGCGAUGCGUCGCGCACGCUGGCAGUGACUGGCAAGGUCGUGGCGCAUGGUGAAAGCACCGGCGCUUGCCUCCAUUACCUGACAACCGACUUGGAGGAUGCCACACAUUGGCUUCCCCACCGAGCCGUGUCGUUUGGUGCGGUGGACGCAGUCGUCGUGCAAGACCGGUGUGUCUACGACCUCAAGACGACGGUGGCUACGGACAUGCCGAGCAUCGACUCGGCGUCGUUGCAGACGGUCCACGCGGCGGUGGUCGCCAACCCGAACGUUGCGGAGUACGACCAUGUCUAUGUGUUUGUGACGCCGGCAGGACGAGCCUGGCAACGUAGUAUGGACAACCGUGCAAGCCAACUGCCAGGACUUUGCGUCUGGUGUGCGCCCGUGCUCUAG